CUCAGUGCCCAACCCAAGUUCAAAGGCUGAUGAGAGAAAAUCUCAUGAGGAGGUUUUACUCUAGGGAAAGAUUGUUCAGUGGAUGUGAUCUUGGCUCACCAGGGAAGAUGUCAAGCUCCUUCUGGCUCCUUCUCAGCCUUAUUUCUGUCACUGCGGCUCAGUCCACCACUGAGGAACAAGCCAAGACAUUUUUGGAGAAUUUUAACAAUGAAGCUGAAGAUUUGUCUCAUCAAAGUGCACUUGCUUCUUGGGAUUAUAACACCAAUAUUACUGAGGAGAAUGCCCAAAAAAUGAGUGAUCAUGGGGCCAAAUGGUCUGCCUUUUAUGAAGAACAGUCCAAGCUUGCCCAAACUUAUCCACUAGAAGCAAUUCAAAAUCUUACAAUCAAGCGUCAAUUGAGGGUCCUUCAGCAGAGUGGCUCUUCAGGGCUCUCAGCAGACAAGAAUAAACAGCUGAACACAAUUCUUAACACAAUGAGCACCAUCUACAGUACUGGAAAAGUUUGCAACCCAAAUAAUCCACAGGACUGUUUAUUACUUGAACCAGGUUUGGACACAAUAAUGGCGAACAGUAGAGACUACAGUCAGAGGCUCUGGGCUUGGGAAGGCUGGAGAUCUGAGGUCGGCAAGCAGCUGAGGCCAUUAUAUGAAGAAUAUGUGGUCUUGAAAAAUGAGAUGGCAAGAGCAAAUAAUUAUGAGGACUAUGGGGAUUAUUGGAGAGCAGAUUAUGAAGCAGAGGGGGAAAGUGGCUAUAAUUAUAACCGAAGCCAAUUGAUGGAAGAUGUGGAACAUACCUUUGCACAGAUCAAACCAUUAUACGAACAUCUUCAUGCCUAUGUGAGGGCAAAGUUGAUGAACGUCUACCCUUCCCAUAUCAAUCCGAAUGGAUGCCUCCCUGCUCAUUUGCUUGGUGAUAUGUGGGGUAGAUUUUGGACAAAUUUGUACUCCUUGACAGUUCCCUUUGAACAGAAACCAAACAUAGAUGUUACUGAUGCAAUGGUGAACCAGGCCUGGGAUGCAAACAGAAUACUCAAGGAGGCUGAGAAUUUCUUUGUAUCUGUCGGCCUUCCUAAUAUGACUCAAGGAUUCUGGGAAAAGUCCAUGCUAACUGAACCAGAAGAUGGCCGGAAAGUGAUCUGCCAUCCUACAGCUUGGGACCUGGGGAAGGGCGACUUCAGGAUCAAAAUGUGCACAAAGGUGACAAUGGACAACUUCUUGACAGCCCAUCACGAGAUGGGGCACAUCCAGUAUGAUAUGGCAUAUGCCAUACAACCUUUCCUGCUAAGAAAUGGGGCUAAUGAAGGGUUCCAUGAAGCCGUUGGAGAAAUCAUGUCACUUUCUGCAGCUACACCUAAGCAUUUGAAAUCCAUUGGUCUUCUGCCACCUGAUUUUCAAGAAGAUGAUGAAACAGAAAUAAACUUCCUGCUCAAACAAGCACUCACGAUUGUUGGAACUCUACCAUUUACUUACAUGUUAGAGAAGUGGAGGUGGAUGGUCUUUAAGGGUGAAAUUCCCAAAGAUCAGUGGAUGAAAAAGUGGUGGGAAAUGAAGCGAGAGAUAGUUGGGGUGGUGGAACCUGUGCCCCAUGAUGAAACAUACUGUGACCCCGCGUCUCUGUUCCAUGUUUCUAAUGAUUAUUCAUUCAUCCGAUAUUACACAAGGACCAUUUAUCAAUUCCAGUUUCAGGAAGCCCUUUGUCGAGCAGCUAAACAUGAAGGCCCCUUGCACAGAUGUGACAUCUCAAAUUCCACCGAAGCUGGGCAGAAGCUGCUCAAUAUGCUGAGACUUGGAAAAUCAGAACCCUGGACCUUAGCAUUGGAAAAUGUAGUAGGAGCAAGGAAUAUGAAUGUCACACCACUGCUCAACUACUUUGAGCCCUUGUUUACCUGGCUGAAAGAUCAGAACAGGAAUUCUUUUGUGGGCUGGAACACCAACUGGAGUCCUUAUGCUGACGAAAGCAUCAAAGUGAGGAUAAGCCUAAAAUCAGCUCUUGGAACUAACGCCGUGAGUGUAUUUUCAUUAUUUUUUCAGCUCACUAUCUUUUUUACAUGCAGACCAAAUAAACACAAUGGAAUGACCAAAGAACUGUACUUGUUCCCGGUCAUCUGUGGCAUAUGCAUGAGGAAGGUAUUUUUAGAAGCUAAAAGCCAGACGGUUCCUUUUGGGGUGGAGGAUGUAUGGGUGAAUGAUUUCAAACCAAGAAUCUCCUUUACCUUCUUUGUCACUGCACCUAAAAAUGUGUCUGACAUCAUUCCUAGAACUGAAGUUGAAAAGGCCAUCAGUAUGUCUCGGAGCCGUAUCAAUGAUGUUUUUGGCCUGGAUGACAAUACCCUAGAGUUUCUGGGGAUUCAGCCAACACUCAGCCCUCCUUACGAGUCGCCUAUCAGCAUAUGGCUGAUUGCUUUUGGAAUCGUGAUGGGACUGGUAGUGGUUGCCACUGUUGUCCUGAUCUUCACUGGGAUCAGAAAUCGAAAGAAGAAAAGUGAAGAAAGAAGUGAAGAAAAUCCUUAUGCCUCCAUGGAUAUUAAUAGAGGAGAACAUAAUCCAGGAUUCCAAAACAGUGAUGAUACUCAGACUUCCUUUUAGAAAAAUCUAUCUUUUUCCUUCUGAGGUGAUUUUAUUAUGUGCAAAUGUUAAUUUCAUAGCACAGAAAUAUGAGAUUAUAAAGAUGUCAUUAGAUAUCAAAACUAUGGCUCUGUUAGGAAAAGUUGUACAAAAACAACAUGGCUGAGGAGAAGGCACCUUUAUUCACACUGUUUUCAGUAUUUAUUUCUGUUUUAGGACUUAGCUGCUCUUCUGUUUCCUAAUAGGGAUGUUUAUAUUAGAGAAUAAAGUAUGUCUUUGGCCUCACA